CUCGACGAACAAAGAUUUUUUAACACGCUCGCUGGCGAGACAACUUCUACACCGCCAUCAUUCAUCACUCUUUACUCAGGAACAAUGCCUAGUAACAUUUCAUCCAUCGAAUCUCCCAGUGCAGGAGGUGUAAAUAUGCUAAAUCGACCCGCUCAAGCCUCACAAUCAUUAUAUCCACUAUGUCAAGAUCUUCUAGGAAGACUUUAUUGUGUGGAAGGAUUUGAACAAUAUUUAAUACAAGGACAGAACAGUAUGCAGAGCAACGGCUCAAUAGUUGGAACACCGACAUCAGAAAAUGGCCCUAGUAGUAGUUUCCUUCUUAAAGAAGAUCCUGUAACGCUUUUAUGGCAAACUUUUCGUUUAGGAUAUCCUCUUUGCGCUCUCUUUAAUGCUUUGAACCCUCAAAAACCAUUGAAGGUCACAAUUGAAGAUUCAAGACCAGGCAAUAACAAUAAAUCCAAAGCUUGUGUAUAUAAUUUUUUGGUUGCUUGUCGGGAAGAGUUUCAAUUAAAGCCCGAACAAAUCUUUACAAUCACACAGUUGUAUCAAGAUGAUACGAAUGGUUUCGUUAUGCUUGUAACUGAUAAAAUUGAAGAGAAGGGUCUCCUCAAUUUAUCUCGAAAGAAAGACUUGGGAAGAUCGGAUCCUAUGAAACCCACUGAUAAUCGUGCCAGAGUAGUGCAUGAAUUACUAGAAACUGAAAGAAAAUAUGUUCAAGAUAUGGAAGUUUUACAGAAUUACGCUAGAGAGCUUCAAAAUAAUGACGUUGUUAGCGCAGAUACUAUUCAUUUACUCUUCGCCAACCUUAAUCAAUUAGUUGAUUUUCAACGCCGUUUCCUUAUAGGUGUUGAAGCUACAUCUAGUGCAAGUCCAGAAGAACAGCGUUUUGGUAGUCUGUUUAUACAAAUGGAAGAAAAUUUUGCGGUUUAUGAGCCUUUUUGUGCAAAUUAUCAAUCUGCUUCAGAAUUGAAAUUGUCUAACGUGGUUGAACCAACAUAUGAAUUACCUUCAUUAUUAAUUAAGCCUAUUCAACGUAUUUGUAAAUACCCACUAUUAUUACAAGAAUUAUUAAAAUUUACAGACAAAGAUGAUGAACAUUAUGAAGAAAUUAGGUGCGGCCUCAAUGCAAUUAAACGUGUGGCUGAUCGCGUAAAUGAAACACGGCGUCAACAAGAAAAUGCUGCUGUUGUUAAAGAUUUGGAGCGUCGUGUAGAAGAUUGGAAAGGUCACAGAAUCGAACAAUUUGGUGAACUUUUACUUGAAGAUGUAUUCACUAUGUCCAAAGAUGAUUCGGAACGCGAGUAUCACGUGUAUUUAUUCGAGAAGAUUUUGCUUUGUUGUAAAGAAACAAAUUCUAAAAAACCGCCGAGUAAAUCACCACUUCUUAAGAAUACUGGCCGAAAACCCAAAAGGACCAGUUUGCAACUGAAAGGGAGAAUCUUUAUACAUAAUAUUACUGCUGCUGUAGACAACAGUCGGGCUGGAUUGUGGUCUUUAAAGGUAUAUUGGCGAGGAGAUACUGAGAUGGAAUCUUUCUCUCUUAAAUGUCGGAAUGAGGAACAACUUAAACAAUGGAAAUCUACCUUAGAAAAAUUGUUAUCUGAUUCAGGAAAUAAUAGUAAUCGUCAUACCAUGACGAAAGGACAAUUUGACAAUAAUGCACCUCCUUUAAAACGUCCUGGGCUAAAAAGUCAAUCAUUACCUUAUGGUCAAUUACCAUCUUCCUAUGUUGAGAAGAGCAGACCGAAAACUAAUGAUUCUAUAGCACCUCCACCUUAUGGUUGGGAUCCAAAUUUUUCACCACCAAUACCACCAGUUAUGCCCAAUACAAUUCAACAUAGAUCACAUUCGAGUUCGUCAAUUCCAACUAUGCCACGUAAUGGACAUUCAACCGCUCCUCCAACUAUGGCUACAUUCCCAUCAAACGCGAUUAUGCCGAUGGAAAAUAUGAAUAAUAUGAAUUACUAUCCGAGUUCACCACCACCAUCAUACCCUGGUUCCCCAGCCCCAUCUACUCGUAGCAGUACAACUUCACAUUCAAGUUCUAAUCCUAUGAAUAUAUGGCAACGUAAAAGUGUUGAACAUCCAUCGCCUCUUGCAGAAACUAUUUCCAAAUUUAUGAUGACUGAGAAUGAUGAACUUACUGCACCUCCUCCAAUUCAACGUUCUCAUUCUCAUAGUGCAGCGGCGGGCCAAACAUUUCAGCAAACUAAUGGACCUAGUAUACCAAAUUUACCAAUUAAUCCGACCGUAAAUCGCCUACGAUCACAGAGUAGUCCAAAUAUUCAAGCUAUCCAGGAAUUACAAUUUGAAAAUGUGGAACCUAUGCCAAAUUUAUCAAUUUCUAGUAACCUAGCGCGUCAAAAUAUUAAUAAUGGGAUUCAACCAAUAGAAAUAGAACAAAGAAGUAGUGGAAUAAGUAGUUCUUCACAAAAUUCUGGACAAUCAAUACCUAUUAAUAAUGCAUCUAAUUCACCUUUAAAUAAUUCUUUGAUGUCACCUCAAAAUGACCAAAGGAAGAGUCAUCAACAUUCUUUAUCCAAUUAUGCUACUACCAUGAAAAUUAAAGUUAACUUUGCAGAGGAUGUUUUUGUGAUAGUUGUCCCUCAAGAUAUUGAAUAUAGAGAGUUAUGUGAUCGUGUGGAACGUAAAAUACGGUUAUGUUCUACACGACGUGAUGAGAAUGUCCCCAUUCGAAUUAAAUACCAAGAUGAAGAUGGUGAUCAUAUUACAAUUAAUUCUGAUGAAGAUGUUUUAAUGGCAUUCGAAG